AUGCAGGGUGGUGUUGCCGAGCGCCCGAGCAGCCUCACGAGCUGUAAGGUGGCGCUCUUCGCCGUGGGCAUCGCGUACUACUGCUUCCGGCUGAUCUGGGCAUACUUCAGUUCAAGCAGCAACGGCAACGGCAACGGCAACGGCAACGGCGACGCGGCCCCGCGCCGGAGCCGGCUUGCAGCCGCCGGCGGCCAGAAUGGCGCGGCCUCGGGCACGGACUCGGAGCCCGCCGCCGCCGCGGAGGCGCAGCAGGGCACCUCCUACCGCGACAGGCGCUCCGCCGACCAGCGCUCCCGCACGCCGCCGAGCAAUGGGGGCGCCGCGCUGGGCACGCCGAGGAGCGGCGGCGAGGACGGCGCCGCCACGCCGGCGGCCCCGGGCAAGCGCUCCACGUACCGGGACCGCCGCGUCGGCAACUCGCGCGAGCACGGCGCGAGCGCCCGGCAGGCUGGCGCCUCGGAGUCGGAGGGCAGAUCUGACACCCUCGGCGACCCCGUCAGCGCCCCUGGUGUGGACGACGCGGCGGCCUCGCGGGCAGGCUCACGUGGGCCCUCGUACCGGUCGAGAAGACAG